AUGUUGUCCCCGCUACUGAGGAGGGCGGGUGUCGUGGUGGCUCUGUUGUGCGUUUACGCCCUGGGAGCGAACGCACUGUACGGUCUCUUAUUCCGAAACGGUUACUACGAUGCCCUCAUCCGACUUCGCGACGAGGGCCCGCACCACCUGCCGGGCACCACCAAUCCCAUCCUCACUCGCUACACCGGGAUCGGCUUUUUAGAUAAACUGCUCACAUUGGCGACGGUCAUGUUUGCAAACGUGACCGACGGAAGCUCGCCUCAGCUUUCCCUCUACUCCUUCCAUUUCGCCGGGCAAUAUCUCGCGAUACUCAUCGUUACCACCAUCGAGGGGUUGCGACGCGGUAACCAAUCCAACACGAUCAGAUUUUUCUCCGUCUGGGCAUGUUUGAUGCAAGCAACGAGCUAUGGUUGCACGAUGCCCCUUUACGGGAUUUUCCAUUUUCUCACUUCGCCCACCGCGGAAGAAAUCAGCCCGAGGCUCGUCGAAGUAGUCUCAACUGCUAACCCGUUGGAAUUAUCGACCCUGUCGGAAGCUUUCACGCUUGGUUAUGUCGUGCCGGCUGUUCUGAUGUGUGUUCCGCUCUUCUCGAACCGCCUCCACCAGUGGUUCGGCGGACUAUGGCAGGGAUCGCCAAUCUUCGCCAUGCUCCUGCAGAAGCUGUUCGCAGUACGGCAAGCAGCGCUCCAGCGCUCCCCCCACGCUCGCCCGCAUACCCCGAACGUAUACCAGCCGAGCUCGUCGAAGCAGCAGCAAUCUCUCGCUGGCGGUUCGCUGUCUUCCGUCUUGUCAACUAGAUCGCAUGAGAAGAGGUCGCUCGCGAAGUCUUACCUUUUUGCGUUCGUAUGGUGUAUUCUGUCUCAGGUGAUCCCACUCGCGCUAAUUGCGGCGGUUUACCUGCGUCCUUCGAUGUUCCCAGCUCGUCUGAGCGAAGCCUGGACUAUCACCAAUGUCUUUGUGCCCCACCCUUUCUGGUCUACCGAGAAGAUGGAAUCGAUGGCAACCGGGAUGCACGACUUCUUUCUAUACGAUCAGUACAUCGGCUCUACUGGCGCCAUCAUCUGGGCUUACGCGUUGUAUGUGAACGCGAGAGAGAGGCCUAUGAAGGCCAGGAGCUGGGCCAAGUCGGCCUUCGUGAUCGUCACACUAAGCCUGGCCACCGGGCCUGCCGGUGCGGUCGUGUGGCUGAUGUGGGAACGAGACCAGUCCUUGCUGUCGAGGACAGCCGUGUCGCAUUAG